AUGGAACAGCCGUAUACCCUUUCAUGGAUGAGAAUGGACAUCAAUACUUUGAUGUAUGUUCUUGCAUUGCUUGAACAGAAGAAGUCUACGAAUCUGACGAAGAAAUCCACCAAAGACGAAGAAAAAAGGAAAGAUCCUCUUUACACGAAAUAUCUCGAAGGUGAUCCCACUGUUGGACCAUGA